AUCACUAAUCCAGACUCUCCAAAUAUCAUUUCUCUGUUUUGGGCGAGUGCCUUUACAAAAAGAAAUAAAUAAAUAGACCCGAGUCUUAAAAAUCUUGAGCUAAAUUUCCCAUCACGGGACUGUAUUAUAUAUACGUAUAGCAGUAGCAAUCACCACCUCCAUCCUCCACACACAACGCAUUUCUCUUUCUCUAAUGGAAAACAAAGGAAUCCCCAAACCAAGAGAUCAAGUUUCCAAUAAUAAUAAUAUUUCCUACUCUCGUUACGGAAAUACCUCCAUGCUUUGUUCAGGUAUCAUCCUCUUCUCAGUAGUACUCAUCAUGCUUUGUUACUGCAGUUACGAUAGGUGCAUCUUCAAACGUGGAUCUCGCCGCGGCCGCCACCUCCUCUCUCUCUCUGACACGCCUACUAUUGCAGCCACUACUUCCGCUGUUCCUUCCCAAGGUCUUGACCCCUCUGUUUUACUAUCUCUUCCAGUUUUAGUUUACACCUCAAAGACACACUACCGAUCACUCGAAUGUGCCGUGUGCUUAUCGGAAUUUGUAGAAGGUGAAAAAGGGAGAGUGUUGCCUAAAUGUAACCACACCUUUCAUAUUCCUUGUAUUGACAUGUGGUUUCGCUCUCAUUCUAAUUGUCCACUCUGUAGAGCUCCGAUUCAAUAUGCCGAAACAGUAAUUCCCGUAAUUGAACCUUCCGGUUCUGUUUCCGGCUCACAGCCUGAGUUGCGGCAGAAGUUAGAAGAGGAAAAGGGUCGUUCUGGUGGUGGUUCUUCUUCGUCUCCGGCGAGUUUUUCCCUUGUGGAAUGCAAGAGAGUGCCGUUAGACCUGGCGAGCAUAGUAGUGGAGGCAUCCAAAUUAGAUGAAAGGCGUAUGGGCUUGGGUGCAUUGGGCCAUGAUUCUGUUCCUUCUGUAUAAUGAAUUGGUAGCAUAGACGAUACUAAUAGAUUUAUGGGUGUGAAGUGCCGAUAUUGUAUAUAUAUAUAUAUAUAUAUAUAUAGCAUAGUAGAAUAUCAAUCUUCUUACCAGUGCACAUUUGCUUUGUAUUUUUUGAUGUCCUAGCAAGUUGUAUUAAGUAAUAAUUAGUUAUAAGUGUUAUCGAAGUGUAUCAUAAUUAAAAAAAAGAAUUCAGUUGAUAUUAUUUUCAAAUA